UCCAGUCCUUUAGUUGACCCUGCUGAAGAUACAUCUUUAGAAAGGAAAAGUGUACAUACCCACAUUUUUUUCAGAAAUUUCCUUCCGUUUUUUGUACCAAGCCAUGAUUUCUGAUCGGUGGUCACCCUGGGUGGGUGUACUUCUCCUGGUUUGCAUAGGUCACACCCUGUCACAAAAUGAGGUCGAUUGGACGACAAAAAUCAAGCUGGCGGAUGGAAGAAUCGAAGCCAAGUGGAACACGGAGGAUAAAACGUAUAUCACGAUAGAGAUCAAGGGCCCGGUCAAUGGUUGGAUGGCGAUAGGGUUUUCCCACAACGGCGCCAUGAAAGGGGCCGACAUGAUUAUGGUUUGGUUGGAUGAGGUAAAUGCGAAGGUGGUCGUUAAGGAUUUGCACGGUAUUGGAAACCAAGUUCCGGUGGUGGACGAAUCUCAAGAUGUGGAAUUGUUGGAUUGGAACGUGGACGAUGGGAUUUUGUCGGUUCGAUUAAGGAGAAAGUGGAACACGUGUGAUAAGCAUGAUUUCGUGAUUGGGGAAGAAACCGUAAAGUUACUGUGGGCUUAUGGCACCGAGAUUCCUCGCGAUGAGUCCACCUUCACUCCGAGUUACCACGGACCGCAUCAACGAGGUCAAAAAAUGGUUAAUCUACGGCUUCCCGCGCAACACACAAAGUUUCCUGAAGACAUUUCCCCUCCGGAUCCAGACAUCAAGUAUUUCGAUAUCGUCAUGAAUAAGUAUCCCGUCCCCGCUAAAGAUGUCACAGAAUAUUUCUGUCAGAUGAUGAAGUACCCUAAUUUUGAUAACAAGGCACAGAUCGUUGGGUGGAAACCCUUAAUUCAAGAGGAGAACAUUCCCGUGGUGCAUCACAUCGUUUUAUACGAGUGCAUUGUUCCUGAAGGAAAUUCGAGCGACAUUUUUGAAAGUCACGUGGGCCGCGUGGAAUCCUGCUACACGCCCAACAUGCCGCCAGAAUGGGGUGCCUACUGCUGGACGCAACCCAUCGUGUGGACCAUUGGAGGGGAAGGUGACAUGUUCGCAACGCAUACGGGAAUGCCAUUAGGUGAAAAGCAUGGAGGGUCCACCUACUUUUUCAUGGAGAUGCAUUAUGACAUUCCGGAAUUAGUUCCGUUUAUUGACAGUUCUGGACUUCGAAUCUAUUACACCGAGAAACCCCGACCGGAAGACUUGUCGACGCUUUUCAUCGGAAAAAGGUUCUCCACAUUCCAUUUCAUUGCGCCAAGGGCCGUCGGGUAUCAAGCUUUUGGUGGAUGUACGUCUGAAUGUACGCAGAAGGCCAUUCCGGAAACUGGAAUCACUGCGACCCACGCGUUACUCCAUGCUCACCAAGUAACCAAGAAAAUCAUGCUACGACACAUCCGAAAUGGGAAAGAAUUGCCUCCAAUUGCAAUGGAUACAAAUUACGACAUAAAUUACCAACAAGCCCGCAUCAUCAAUCCCCCGAGAAAAAUCUUACCGGGUGACGAGCUCUACACUUACUGCGAUUAUGACACGAGUGACCGAGAAGUUCCUCUCUGGGGUGGAAUUACGACAAACGACACGGAAAUGUGUCACACGUUUUUGACUUAUUAUCCCAAACAGAAGAUAGCCACGUGUCAAUGGCAAAUCGAGUUUGACGAUUUCAUCCACGCCUUGGACGUCAAUAGACUCGAAGGUAGCGUUCUCCCUCUCGUGUCAACGCCUUAUAAACCGAAUCCGAAGGAUAAAUAUGACCCCGAAGACGAAGUUUUGGUCUUGCUCGCACAUAAUUUGAGUACCAAUUUAUUCACCCAGUUGACCAUCGCAGACAGUGGGAAGCAUUCCGGUAAAAACUUUUGGGACUACUUAACCAAACUUGAGUGGGGUCGGGAUAGUGGAAAGUUGGCGAAUUCGGUCAACAGAAAAUUGGAAAAGGCUCGAAACUAUGCCUACUGCACGGAACAUGCUCAUUUGAAAAUCCCCUUAAAGGAGUACAUCAAAAAUCCUCCCGUCUUUGAGCAGUAUGUUAAUCCGGAAGACAAUAUUUGUCUUGGUAUGGGAAGUGGUGGACGAAAUUUCUACCCGAAUAUUUUAACACUUUUCAUUCCACUCUUGUUCAUCUAUUUCUAAAAUAAUUUUAUGCUAAAUACUUGACAUACGUGUAAUCAAGAAUGCACACACAUUUACAGAAUAAUAUGUAUAAAUUGUAUUACCAUUUUGUACGUGUACUUAUGUACCCUUCUGUACAAACUUACAGUGCAACUGUGAUACACACUUAACAUAAUCAGACACAAAUAUGAAUACGUAUAAUUGUUGUUUCUGGAAUAAUAAAAAAACAAUAUAAUGUAAGAAAUCAUUAUCCUUCAAACUAAA